AUGCAGAAUACUUUUGUAAUUUUGGUUCUUUGCUUUCUUUUAUUUGAUUUAAAAGAAACAUCAGGUAAACUUAAUGGAUCUGCUAGCGGCUCUAAGAAGACAGAUAAAGUAAGGAAGGGGCAGCUUAAUCCGGAUGAUUUGAACAAGAAAUUGCUUGAUGUAAACUCAGAAGAAGAGGAUUUAGCAGAGAGAAUGAUUGUGUAUAUAGAUGGAAAGAAGAAAAAGCCUAAGAACCUCAACAAAAGCCCAAAGAAUUUUGAACUAGCUCAAAGAAUGGACACGCAUCCCAAGCGCAAGAUGAAACCGCAACUACCGCAACUACCAACCAGAAGGAAGAAGAGACUGUUUGUUCCAGAAGACAAUCUUAAAUGGCCCAAUAGACAGAUACCAUACAGCAUUCAAACAAGGACAUACCGAAACCUUGGAGACAUACAACAGAAGUUUGAUGAAGCCGUAAUCAAGUUUAAUGACGCGGCCUGUGUCACGUGGGCUCCAAGAACAUCCGAGUCAACCUACAUCAACGUCAUCGGAAACGAAGCAAC